AUGUCGACCAAGAAUUUCCGAGUCAGUGACGGGGACUGGAUUUGCCCUGACAAAAAGUGUGGAAACGUAAAUUUUGCUAGAAGAACCAGCUGUAAUCGAUGUGGACGAGAGAAAACAACUGAAGCCAAGAUGAUGAAAGCUGGGGGCACUGAAAUAGGAAAGACGCUGGCAGAAAAAAGCCGAGGCCCAUUUAGUGCUAAUGACUGGCAGUGUAAAACUUGCAGUAAUGUGAAUUGGGCCAGAAGAUCAGAAUGUAAUAUGUGUAAUACUCCAAAAUAUCCUAAGUUAGAAGAAAGAACAGGCUAUGGUGGAGGUUUUAAUGAAAGAGAAAAUGUUGAGUACAUAGAAAGAGAAGAAUCUGAUGGUGAAUAUGAUGAGUUUGGAUGUAAAAAGAAAAAAUACAGAGGAAAGGCUGUUGGUCCUGCAUCUAUUUUAAAGGAAGUUGAAGAUAAAGAAUAUGAGGGAGGAGAAGAGGAUGAGGAUGAAGAUCUUUCUAAAUAUAAAUUAGAUGAGGAUGAGGAUGAAGGUGAUGCUGAUCUGUCAAAAUAUAAUCUUGAUGCCAGUGAAGAAGAUACUAAUAAAAAGAAGUCCAAUAGACGAAGUCGCUCAAAGUCUCGAUCUUCACAUUCACGAUCUUCAUCACGCUCAUCCUCCCCCUCAAGUUCAAGGUCUAGGUCCAGGUCCCGUUCAAGAAGAUCUUCCAGUUCACAGUCAAGAUCUCGUUCCAGUUCCCGAGAACAUUCGAGAUCUCGUGGGUCGAAAUCAAGAUCCAGCUCCAGGUCCCACAGGGGCUCUUCUUCCCCAAGAAAAAGAUCUUAUUCAAGUUCAUCAUCUUCUCCUGAGAGGAACAGGAAGAGAAGUUGCUCUAGAUCAUCUUCUUCUGGUGAUCGCAAAAAAAGACGAACAAGAUCAAGGUCACCCGGAAGCCAGGUGAUUGGUGAAAACACUAAACAACCCUGAACCCAGGGCCAACCCCUACGGAACACCAGUACUUUACCCAGGCACCACAGGUCAUCUUCUGGAUCGUCUCAUUCUGGUUCCCGUUCAAGUUCAACAAAGAAAUGAUGUAUUAAAAUCUACAUCUUAAAAAAAA